GUCCAUGAGCAUCUGGAACAGACUUCAUUUCCUGACUAGCUGUCUAAUCAUUCGAUCUCCGUUCUAUAGGUGUGAUUUGGCAACAUUCAGAAUGCGUUUGUUAGUGCUUCUGCUGGUAGCCAUUGGAACGGCAUCAGGGAAUCCACAUUUCUUUGGGUACUUUUAUCCAAAUCCCACACCAGACUAUCUACCGGAGGUGUACACCGAGACGAUCGUCGAUGUUGCGACCGAGACCUUGGUUAGUUAUGUGACGGCGUAUGAAACGGUGUAUUUGACAGACGUUCGGACAACAACGGUAGCCAAUCCUGUGUACCUUACGUCGACGGAGUAUUCCGUGUCGACUGUCGUUGUGCCCAGUCCCGUGGUGCAGUAUGUCACUGAAACGGUCUUUUCUACGGUAGUCGGGCAAGCGGAUACUGCGGCACAAACUAAUCUGCAAUCUUCAUUGUCCUACUUACCUCCUCGGCCGUCGUACGGUGCGAUCCGGUGAGCUUGCAAACUGCAAAUAAAA